CGACAGAGACGUAGUCGAUCCAAAUCUCGAAAAUGCAAGUUUAUUUUGCUCUCCUUUGCUUCAAACUGGGUCUGCUGAUGAGAGCUUCUUUUGGAGAGGCAGAAAUUCCGCCAUUCAAAGAUCAAUGCCUGAAAUGGCACAACGUGUACCGUGAAAAACACCAGGUUGAUCCCGUGACGUGGAGUGACACUCUUGCCAGUGGCGCCGAAAGUUGGGCAAACUAUUUAGCGCAAAACAAUCUGUUUAAACAUGCGUCUGGUCUUCAAGUUGGCGAGAAUCUGUAUCUCUCUGGUUCCCCUUCACCUGAAGAGCCUUGCACUUCGGCUACUCAAGCUUUCUACGGAGAAAUCAAAGAUUAUGAUUUUAAAAAGCCUGGGUUCUCCAUGGAUACUGGACACUUCACUCAGGUUGUUUGGAAGGACUCCAAACAGAUCGGAGCCGCUCAGCAAGUAAGGAGAGAUGGAAGGCUUGUUGUGGUGAUUCGCUAUAAUCCCCCAGGAAACUUCAAUACAGACGGAGCUUUCGCUGCAAAUGUUUUGCCUGCCCGACUUGAUAAUGGAUCCGGAGUUUGUGAUGUGCGUUCUUCUUCGGUUUUCACGGCUUAUCUGGUUGCUCUUGGACUUAUUUUCAACUUCCUCUAUUGAUGUAUUUAUUUGAGUAACACUUUGAUCAAGGAGUUUCCAUCU